UAAAAAGAAUGGAGUGCGUUAUAGCCUUGAUUGGGUGUAUUCCUGUUUUCUCAUGAAAAUUAAAAGUUCAAAAUUGUACAAUCAUAUCAGGGAAAAUAAAAUUUUGCCAUUGCCAUGUCCAAGCACACUUUCAAGGUGAUUAUCUACAGUGAUUAUUCUAUCAUAGUUACAAUACUUAAAAUUUUUGUUGUUUUCUUCAGAUAUAUCAGAAAUAUCGAUGGCUCUUUUGGAUUUCAAAGAGAAGUGUUUGAAAUGCUGAAGGAAAAAACCAAGCAUAUGGAAGUGUGGGAGCGGCACGGAUGCUUGCUCGUGGACGAGUGCAAAGUAUCAAAAACUAAAAAAUUUGACAAAAACCUAAUGGAAUUUGUUGGAUUUAUUGAUUUGGUACAUCACACCCCACAAAAAAUGGAAAAUAGUCUUGGAGAUCAUGCUUUGGUCAUUAUGUUUCAACCAUUCGCAGGGCAUGGUCUAGCAUUAGCCUGUUUUUUAAGUGGGGGUGACAUAUCAGGAGAGAUAUUAUCUAAAAUUAUGCUUGAAUGCAUAAUUUUAUGCGAAAAUGCAGGACUCUAUAUAGACGUUAAUACCAGUGAUGGGGCAAUCUGGAAUAGAAAAAUGUGGACCUGAAUAUAGAGAACACUAAAGAACCAUGGUGUGAACACCCCAUGGAUGAAACGCGAAAAUUAAGAAUGUGUUCAGAUUUUCCUCACUUGAUCAAGUGUUUGAGGAAUAAUUUAAUAAAGAAGAAGAAUUUCAGGAUACAUCAACAUAAAAUCCUUCGAUC